GAUCUAUUCUACAGAACCUCUUCAACCUCGAGACUGAUUCACCUUUUCAGAUGAACAUAUACAUAUAUAUAUAUAUAAACGUCGAAUGUUUUACAUCUAGGUAUAUUGAAGUGGCACGGAUAGGGGUCUCGAUAAGGGUUUCCUUGGGGGGGGAUCAACACUCUCAGCGCAGAUACCUGAUUGAAUGUCUCAGAAUUAACGCAGGAUACAAACGACCAGGGCAAUAUUCAACGUGUGACCACGUCCGAAGUUCUUCUCAUACCACACAUACCAUACCAUAUCAUACCCUCUUUGGACUACUAACUAUACAUUAACUCCCACUUCACAGUACUGUGGAAUUGUAUCCUCUCAGCCUUGUUCAAUCUUCUUUUUUUCCUUUUCCGAUAUCUCUUGCCCUUGUGCCACGCAUUCGAAGCGGAUCCCACUUUGCCAGCCCCCCCUCUUCAGAUUGCGCUCAUGCCGAGUACCUCACAGUUUCGAUGAAUUGGACAUCUUCCUGCCAUCACCAAAGUUUGAAUAUCCACAAUGGCAGCGGUUGAGGUUUUGUUGUACGGAGGCGAUUGUGGAUUGAAUACGACCUUUCCUUGGACGAUUGGAUGGGAUGAGGGGGAUAUUCGCAUAAGGCUGAGAUUCAUUGCAAAGGCUUGGGAGGCUUCGCAAACACAGAAAGAUAUAUUUCAUUCGCGAUUGGGCGAGAACCUCCAUUCGAUACAAGCCAGUUCUUGCAGGGGAAUAAAUGAAAGAUUGAGAACCGCAAGUUUACUCCCAAGGUGGCAAUGUUAUAAAUCUGCACGAGGCGACAAAGAGAACAUUAAAGACCUACACGACACUAAUUCCCUCGCCAAGUCACAGUCGCAAUACUACAUUAAACACCCCACCAGUCGAAAUUCGCUAGACAGAAUACGUGAACCAUUACCAUUUGACGAUCCUAGAUUAAACCCCUCGGUCGAUUUCAGCUUCCAAGAUGGGUUUAAGGCGGCGGGGAAGAAGAGUAAGAAGGCAAAUGCUAAGAACAAUGCGCCCGUAUACAGACUCAAGGAAGACGAUGGAGAUGAUGGCAUUAAGAAAAAUGAUGACGAUGGUAAUAAUGGCGAUGCUGGAGCUAAUGGAAGUGGUUCUGGCAACGGGGGAGAUGACAAAAAGGAGGAGGAGAGGAGAGAGGAGGAAAGAAGAGAGGAGGAGAGGAGAGAGGAGGAAAGAAAAGAGGAAGAGAGAAAAGAGGAAGAGAGGAUAGAGGCAGAAAGGAUGGAAGAGGAGAGAAAAGAAGAAGAGAGGAGAGAGCAGGAGAGAAGAGAAGCAAAGAAAAUUGCUGAACGGGCUACCGAAAACAUACCGGACAGCUACACUUUAACGACUAAGAAGGAGAAGAAGAAGAAAAAGGGAAGAAAUGUCGAGCCGGAACCAGACCCUCUUCCACCUCCGCCCCCUCCCGCUCCUGAGAUAAAGAUUGCCGAAUCAUUUGACGACAUUAAAUUGGAUGAUAAGCCAAAGCCUGACCUGAAUCUGGACUCUGGUGGAAGCACUGCAAGCCCAAAGUUACCCGGCGUUCUAGGCGGUUGGGGUAGUAGUUGGAUGACUGGAGUGUCUAGAUGGGGCAUUGGGAGCACAACCAGCGCCAGGACACCAUCUCCAGUGAACAAGGCCACCGAGGAUACCAACAAUCCUUGGAGUAAUGAACGUGAUUCCCGAAAAAUCGAAAAAAAGCCCGAGCAAAAGCCUGAACCGAAACCCGACCCGAUACCAGAAGAAGACGUUGGAUUUAGUGUUGGUCUUUCCAAGAAAGAAGAGAGGAAGAAGAAAGUUAGAGGCACCGUAGCUUCAGCGGUAGAUAGGUUUGAAGUGGCCCCAAAAGAAGAAGCCAAAGUGGAGCCUCCGCAACCCAUCAAUAUUCCUGCUUCGGACGACGCUGCUUGGGGUGCCUGGGGUGCUACAAGCAAAAAGAUGAAAGGUAAAGCAGCCAAUGAAACCCCCAAAAUCAAUGAUCCCCCCAAAAUGGAAGCCGUAGUCGAGCCUGUUGUGGAGCCUCUCAAAGCGCCUCUUGUAGAAGAGAAAUCGCCCGCUCCUCCUCCUGAGCCUGCCCCCAUGGAAGAAGCCUCGAACUUUGGAAAAAUAUCCAGGAAGACCAAAAAGAAAAAGGAAAAACUUGCUGAAACAUCAAAACCAGAAGAAUCACCUCCACCGGAUCCUAUACCCGAGCCCGAAAAAGAUCUAGAGCCCGACCCUGUUCGUGAAUGGGCUAAAGAGGAAGAGUCAAUUUCUGCUUGGGGCAAUACUAAAUCGGGUAAGAAAAAAAAUAGGAAGAAUACAAUUAUUGACGAACUACCAAAAGUAGAAGAACCGCCGCCAGUCAUUGAACCACCGGAGCCCGAACCUGUGAUUGAGGACAGUAAAGAAGAAGAGGAUGAGAAAGAAGAUGAGGGUGGCUGGGGAUGGGGAAUUGGUAAAAAGGAAAAGAAAAAGAAGAAAGUCACAGAAGAGCCGCUUCCUCCUAUAGAGCCCGAAAGAGAGCCCACACCAGAUCCCGAACCUGUACCGGAGCCGGUAAUCGAACCAACACAGCCCGAGCCAAUCUGGGGACCCAAGUUGUCCAAGAAAGAAAGAAAGAAGAAAGGUAGGAACACUGUUAUGGAACCUGAAGUUGUGAAGGCACCAACACCGCCGCCACCUGAACCCGAACAGGAGUUAGAAAACGAUGAAACUGCAGAGGAAACUCAAGUGUGGGACUCAUGGGGGCUCAAUAGUUCUACGAAAGACAAGAAAAAGAAAUCCAAAGAUGAAAUUUCGCCAUCUGCUCCAGCGACUGGUGGCUUUGAUUGGGGAUUUAACAACAAAGAGAAAAAUGAGGAGCCAUUUGAAGAAGAAUUCAAAGACGCAGAACUCGAACCGGCCCCAAAAUCUGUUGAAUCUGUAGGUAUUUGGGGUGCUCUCACCUCCAGCAAAAAGAAGGAGAAAACUUCGAGCAAGGAGAAGGACAGGAUCUCUAGCAAGGACAAAGAUAGGAAGAAGAGCAAGAAGAGCACCGAAGAACCCAGACCCAUUGACGACUAUGACGAACCUAUACCUGCACCGGCUCCUGACCCACCUCCAGCUGUUAUGGACGAUUUCAGCUGGGGAUUUGCUUCUAGUUCCAAGAGGGAUAAAAAGAAGGGGAACAAAAAUAAGGAGCCUUCGCCCGAGCCUGAGAGUAAGCCGAUAUAUGAAGCCAUAGAACCUGCAGAUAAUGAUGGCGAUUGGAUGAAUUGGGGACAAAAUACCAAAAGCAGAGAAGAAUCUCUACUCCCUGUUGAUGAGUUCGAGGAGCCCAUGUCACCUCCACCGGUACCAGACGCCCCACCAGCUGUUGAUGAUUUCAUGGGAUGGGGUCUUUCUUCGAAAGAUAAGAAGAAGAAGAAGAACCUUAUCGAAGAACCUCCCAAACCUGAAUCAUUCAAGGAAUCUAAAUUUGAUGAUUUUUUCAGUCCGGUUUCAUCUAAACCAGCAGUCAAACUUAACAAAAAAGAACAGAAAGAGGCGGAUAGAGCUAGAAGGAAGGCUGAAAAAGAAGAAGCUGAACGAAAAUUGAUAGAAGAGGAAGAGGAAGCAGCUAGAUUAAAAGCCGAGGAACAAGAAAGACUCGAAGCUGAGGAACAAGAGAAACUUGAGCAAGAACGACUCGAAGCAGAAGAGCGAGAAAGACUUGAAGCGGAAGAGCGAGAAAGGCUUGAAGCGGAAGAGCGAGAAAGGCUUGAAGCGGAAGAGAAAGCGAAGGCCGAAAUAUCCGAAUCAGAAUCUGAAUCUGAACCAGAGCCUCCCAAAAACGAUUGGACUUCAAUAUGGGGUCUUGCCUCGGGUAGCAAACCAGAUAAAAAGAGUGAGAAAAAGAGCAAGAAAAAGAAUGUUCUUGAGAUUGAAGCCCCACCUCCACCCCCAACACCCCCAGCAGAACCCGAAACAGAUAACUUGUGGGGCUUUGGAUCUUCAUCAAAGAAAUCGAAGUCCAAGGAGAAAGAAUCUCCACCUGUCAAACUCAGCAAGAAGGAGCAAAAAGAAGCUGACAAGGCGGCUGAGAAAGCUAGAAGAAAGGCUGAAAAGGAGGAGGCUGAAAGAAAAUUGAAGGAAGAGCAAGAAGAGGCAGAUAGGUUAGAAGCUGAAGAGCAAGCAAGACUUGAAGCCGAGGAGCAAGAACGAAUCGAAGCUGAAGAGCAAGCGAGACUCGAGGCCGAGGCUUUGGAAGCAGAAGAGCAAGCUAGGGUUGAAGCCAUAAGAUUAGAAGAAGAAGCUAAAGCAGCCAAGCCGAAAGUCAAAUUGACAAAGAAACAACAGAGAGAAGUCGAUCGAUUAGCAAAGCUGGAAGCUGAAAAAGAACAAGCUGCUAAAGAGGCCGAAGAACAAGCUGCUCGGGAAGCUGAGGAGGAAAGAGCAAGAGAAGAGGAAGAACGAAUUAUCAGAGAGGAAGAAGAGGCUGCAGCAGAAGAACUGGAGCGUGUCAAGAGAGAAGCGGAGAAGCAAGCUCUCCGAGAGGAGGCCGAAGCUUCUAGACGGCUUAGAAAGGAAUCAAAGUCAAGUAAGGGUAAGAAGUCUAAACACAGCAAAGAGCCAGAACCUCUCCCUCCAACACCACCACCGCCGCCCUCGCCGCCAGUACCAACGAAAGCUCCAACACCGGAACCAGAUGAAGACCUAGAACCAACCCAGGAAGAAGUAGAUGAAAUUCUAGCAUUAGGUAGUCGCGCAACAACCACAAAGCCAGCAUCUCAAGCUUUUAGUUUUUGGGGGGCUCCUAAAAAAUCACCAGUGAUAGAGAAGCCAUCACCGAACAAGGAUAAUAGUGAAUUUGGUAAGACUAAUCUUGCCGAGGCAUCCACUAAGAAUCUUAUGGCUUGGGGCACGGGAUCAGAGGAGAUUGCGAUUGCUGACAAAGCGAUGCGCCCAGAAACCUCUUCCAAGAACAACGACACGACAACCAAAUGGCCACCACCAUCAAUAAAGUCAAGCUUAUUAAAUAAACCAGUUGGAGGUACCAUCGCUGAUAGGUUAAGAGCAUUUGAAGCGAACAAACCCCCUGAGGAGCCUCAUGGAUCUGAGGAAGAAAUAGAUGAAUAUUUCCCAGCACCUUCUCCACCCCCACCUGUUGCGCCGCCCGCGCCGACCAAGGAAGAAAGGAGAAAAUCAAAGUCUUCCAGAAGGGACAAGGAAAGGUUGGAAGAUCCGGAACUUCUUCCCGGUGCAUUCCCGGACUCUCCAUACGGUGACGAAAUUAUUGAUAUUGUCGAGAUGCCAAUUCAAAAAAAGAAUAGGAACAAACAUAGCAAGACUAAGGAAUCUUCUAGAGCACCUCCUGUGCCCAUUGAACCACCGACACCACCCCCUGAAGUAGAACUGGAACCAGAACAAGACUCGGAUCACAAGCCCUCUAAGAAAGAACGACCUCGAGUCGUUCGCGAUGGAUCUUCCUGGGGAGCGUGGGGAGCAGAGCCUCGCAAGGAAGAAAGGGAGAAAAAGUCAUCCAGAGACCGUGAGCGUAGAUCUGAUGAGCCUCAAAUCACUAGAGAGGAAAGAAGAUCUACCAGAGAGUCUGACCCUCGGCACUCUAAAUCUAGAAGAUCGUCUACUAGAGAAGAGAAAACUUCAUCAUCAAAAGAUUCAUCUUCGGAUAAAGCAGAUAAAUCCUCCAAGGGAGAUAAUAGACCACCAGUUUCUAGGGGUAUUUCGAAUAUGUUUGGACCCGCUACUCCACUAUCGAGGUCUAAUUCAAAGUCUGAAAAGCGACCAAGUGUGAGUAGGACAAGCUCACGCCGACAAUCUGUCAACAUGGAAAGCUUCAACUAUCCAACUCCAAUUCCCGAUGAUUCUCGUGAGCCUCCUCCAAUGUCCGCAAAAGCUGCAAAAAUGUUUGGUAUCGGUGUUCCUGGCAAGCUUUCAAGAAGCAAGUCCGAAAAGACCAGGCCAUCACGUGAAGAUGACGUGGUAGAUGAUGACGUGGCAGAUCCUAUUCGUCACAGAUCUAGUCGCGAUAGAAAAGGAAAAUCAAAGGUAACUGAUGACUCAAUGUUUGAUGGGCAAGCGCUACCAUCUGUACCUAUGCCUCCGCCACCCAUGGAUAUACCAAUUCGAAGGAAGACCAUGCCUACCACAGACUGGACUGCUACUGCUAGAGCGUAUCAACAAAGAAGACGAGAAGACGACGUUGACAUGGAAGAACAAGGGGGCCCCUCUGGAUUCCCAGGUACACCUGGACUUAAAAGAACUGAUUCAAGUGCUCGCAAAUCUGGGUUGGGUGGCAUUUUUGGUGGCGUUUUCGGGAAGAAAGACAAAGAAAAGGAUCGACCAGACGUUAAACGUCGAAGCACGGCCCCAGCUGAAGAUGAGAACCGUGCAUACAGACGGAAUGAACGAAAAACUGGACGAUCUUCCAGAGAUGUAGGUCCCGAAAUUGAUGUCACGAUGACAGGUGCCAUUUCUGAGGAAGAUCAAGAGGCAAGAAGAGUUCGCCGCGCAAAGAGGGCCCAACGUGAUGCCGAUAAAAGAGGUACGGGGGAUGCACGAGCGGCAAAGGAGGAGCCAAAAAGAGAGCGCCAGCGAAGCGAGGAAGAAGAAGACGAGCGUAGAGAACGACGAGCUGCUAAAGCUAAACGAGAGAAACGACGUGCUGACGAAGCUGCCAAAUUUGCUGAACAAGAACGAGAGGCAAAAGACGCCGAACGUGCUAAACGCCGAAGAGCCAGAAAAGAGAGAGAGGCUGCGCCAGCAGACGUCGAGCCACGAGGCGAAGAUCUACCGCGUUCUAAACAUCGACGCAGUCACAGAGUUGAUGACGACGAAGCACGUCCACAAAAGCAUGAAGAGUGGGUAAAAUCAGAUCCUCGAAAAUCGCGUCGCAAGUCUGCUCCAGCUCCAGAGCCGGAAUUCAUUCCUGCAGAUGGCCCAGUCUACAGUCCUUCAACGCCCAAGACUCCAGCUUGGCCUCAUAACGGUACAGAUUCUUGGGUAAGAGAAAAUGCGGAUGCACCUCCUCCACCUAACUUUCCCACCGGUGAAGCAUCCCCUGUUGAUGAUACAGUUGGUGGAGAGGCUGAAAGAAAACGAAUGAGAAAGACAAGGCCAACGGGAAAUAAUGAUGAUAGACAACGAAGAAGAGAUGAAAGAAGACGCGAAAAGAAGGAGGCAGAGAAGCCUAUAAGAAGCUCGGAAGGCAGUCAAGAAGAUCCUGUACGAGAAAGCCAGAGAGACUCCGGUUUUGAGACGUCCCGCGCGCCAAGUGCUUCUGGUGGCCUCUUUGGCCGUUUGAAGAAAUAUGGUGUGUUUUAAUGAAAUGGAAUGAUUUUAUUACGAAAUGAGAUAUGAAGAUACGACCUUCUAUGUUAUUCUGGUUAUGGGAAUUGGGUAGUAUGAGCGUAUGUAUUUUAAUGUUGUUCUCGUGUUAUAUCUUCUUGUUAUUGUAGCGAGCGAAGAGGCUUUGGAAAGAUUUGAAUAUCAGGGGAUUCAUCAGGGGAUUCAUCAGGUCUUGAAUUACAAGACACUGAUGGUUGCAGAGAUGGUCUCGUCGUUCUCUUAUACUGUAUACCAUUACUAUGUUUUUUUUUUUUUAAUAUUUUAUACUGUCUGCGGCAAAGUACUGUACACGUCAAGUUUGAGAAAUCACCACCAAUAAGAUAUUUUUAAAUGCUCUACCAAUCCGGGACUUCACACCUUCCAAAAUUUUCUACUAAAUACUCACUCACAUUACAAUAGCCAAUAGUCAACCUCCAAAUCACAAUUUCCAACA